AGAGAGAGAGAGAGAGAGAGAGAGAGAGAGAGAGAGAGAGAGAGAGAGAGAGAGAGAGAGAGAGAGAAGUAAUCUUACCUUGGUGGGAAGUGAGACGAAUAAAGUCGGAACAUGUCAGAGGAGGGCGAUGAGUGCGAGGAGAAGAUGGGUUCUGCUGGACGUGGUGAGAAGGAUUCGAGGAGUACUGAGGAAUCGUUUAUCGCUUCCUCUGGAGGUUCUGGGAUGGGGCGUCUGGCCGGUGUGAUGGGGGGCGGUGGAAGGAAAUAUAAAGAACGAGAGGAGAGGUUUGAUGCCACUCAAUAUGCGUUUUUCGGGCAGGAGGCGAGCCAGGAUGUCGAGAUCGGGGGUCUUGAUGAUGAACCAGAUAAUGGGGCAAUCCAGUACAAUCACUCAUCAGAGUUGUACGGCAGAGGAUCGCGUAGUACAGGAAUAAGCGGCGUGGACGAGAUUAUCGGGGAAGCAAGGGUCCAUCGUCCGGCAUCUACUCAUCAUCAGCAGUCACCUUACAGGUCAAGAAUUGGGGAGCGCGCUGGAGAGGACGACGAGAGGGAAGAGGAAGAGGAUAUGAGGGGGUUAGAGGAGGCGAUGAGCAAGCUGGGUUCUGUAUUCGGUCGGGGCAAAGGGUUGGCCAUCGCGGGGUUAGGAAGAGGAGUUGGAGGUAUUGGACAGCAUCAGCAGCAGAUAAUGAUGCAAUCGUCGAGCGACGGUGGUGUAUCUGCAAUCGCUGCAAGAGGGGAAUCUUCAUUCGUCGGUGAUUCUCCUUCAGCAGACCUGGGCAUUUCGCGCCCACAUAAUGAGAAUCCAUUCACUUCCCGGUGGGACUACUCUCCCCGUCCUUCUCCGCCGAUGGAGGAACAACGCCAUGGCUCUUCCGGUCGGGACUCCUCUGUGCCUGCAGGAGCUAUAAUUUUGGGUAGUAUUCUGGGAGACCGAGCAGAGGCACGCAGGCAUCCACAACAUCAGCAGCAGCAACAACAAGUAAAAACGCCUCUUCCAAAGCAGCAACAGCAGCAGCUGCUGCAACCGGGGCACUUCCCACAACACCCGCUCGUUCAGCAUUUAAUGGCCGCCGCAGAACUGGAUGACGUUCAGCAACAACAGCACCAGCGAAUGCUACAGAAACAGAAAAGUAUGGAUCAUCAGAAGUUGAACUUUGAAGCUGUGCUGCAGAAUGCGAGACGUUUCGAGCACCAGCAGCAACAAAAGUUUCGCCGCUUGCGUUUUCCCGAUGGAAGCGUGGAUGAUGAAAACCAUCAUGGCGUCCCACUUCAGCAACACAUGGCACGUCAUUUGCCGCCAUCCACUUCCCUCGUGCACCCACAGCUCGUCGAUCGUGCCGUGAUCCUCGCGUCGUCGGGAGGCGAGCCAUCAUCGUUUGACUCGGGCGGUGGCGGCGGCUUGCAUCUUGUGGGCGUGUCGCCAAUCGGAGUGAUGAUGGCGGAAAGGGGGGUAGGAGGGCGUUUGGGAUCCCCAAAGCCUUUGAGUGGCAUGAUGCUAGGCGGCGGCGCAGGGGGCGGCGGCGUGAUGGGCGAGAAUUAUGCCAGGCAGGCAAGUUUCAGCGCGCAGUCGCCGUCGCCGUCCUCGCCACCCGUUGCUAGAGCCUUCAAUAUCCAGAAGCCGUACGGCCCGCUGGGAGGAGGAGGAGCAAGCAUAGCUUCCCUAAAUCAUCAGAGCUUUCCGCCAAAACACUCUCUGUCGGUGUCAUCAACUCCGCCCUCUGUCCUGACCGGGGGAGGUGGCUCUUGGUAUGGAGCGAUCUCGCCGUCCGGAGGACAGCAGCCUUCUCCUGUACUUGGUCCAGCAGCGGCGCAUCAACGACAGCAGCUUCCACCUGUGCGCCCUCCUCCUCCCCCCAACCCUCUUCACCACUGGCAGGAGGACGCAUCGCAAUCCCCUGGUGGUGGGGUGAUUUCCCCUCUCGCGCUGCUUCUUCAGCAUCACCAUCAACAGCAUCACAGCCGCCAUUCUCAUAAUCAUCCCCAUCACCAGCAGCAGCAGCAGCAGCCGCAGCAGCCAAGCUCACCGGCAGUCGUGCCUCUGGCCGGCUUGCUGCAACCUCAGUUGAAGCACAUGCCUUCCACCUACCCCCUUAGUGUUCAACAACACCUUGGCUCACUUUCUCUGGGUAAUCCCCUGCUAAACCUUUCGAAAGUGCAGACCGAUAACCUGUUUUCAGAAAUAGUAAGGCAAGAGCAACUGGCGGCGGCGGCGGCGGCGGCGGCGCCCCCGCCCCCGCCGCCACAACCGCUGCCACCGCCGCCGUCGCCACAGCCGCAGCAGCAGCAGCACCAGCAGCAGAGGGGAAAACAGCAGUCGUCGUCCUAUCAUCGCCAGCAUCAACAUCAGCAGGCCCACCAGCAGCAGCAGGCAUUUGAUCGACCUCAGCACGGCUUUCCCGGGAUGAGCGGGAGAUCGCAGUCGCGGCAUUUUCGGUCGAAGUAUAUGACCGUCGAGGAAAUCGAAAGCAUAGUCAGAAUCCAGUGGACCGCGACCCAUACUUCCGACCCUUACACGGACGACUACUACAAUCAAGCGAUCCAGGCCAAGCUUCACGGCAACAGCAGCCCCUACGGACGGCGGCAUUUCGCUCCCACGCACCUGCGAGAGCUGCCCCCUCACGCGAGGGCCGUCUCGGAACCACACGCGUAUCUUCAGGUGGAUGGGUUGGGACGCGUGCCGUUCUCGUCGAUAAGGAGGCCGCGGCCGCUUUUGGAAGUGGAUGACACUCUCCUUUCUAACGGCGGCGAGGAGGGCCGAGGAGGGCCAGGAGUUGGCGUUGGGGAUGGCAGCUCGCGACACGUAGAAAGACUGCUGACUAGGAGGUUGGAUCAAGAGCCCAUGCUUGCAGCGCGCAGUGCAGUGGAGGAUGGGAUGUGCCUCCUUCUCGACGUAGAUGACAUUGACCGAGUUCUGGCCGUCUCACAGCCCGCGGACGGGGGCCUGCAACUCAGACGUCGGCGGCAGAUGUUGCUUGACGGGUUAGCGGCUUCUUUGCAUCUGCGCGAUCCGUUAGCAACCGAUGGGAGCCGCCCCUCAAGCCGCAACUCGCCCUUAUCUCCGUCCACGAGUACUGGUGGUGGCGCUUCAGCAGCAGCGGGGGGAGCAGGAGGUGGGGGAGGAGGAGGAGGAGGAGGAGGAGGAGGAGGAGGAGGUGUUUUCAACAACGGACGGCUUGUUGCCAGUGCCGUGGACGUGAAAGAUGAUCUCGUGUUCUUGCGCCUCGUCUCUCUUACCAAGGGCCGUAAAUUACUUGCGAGGUACCUUCAGCUCAUCACGCCCGGCACGGAUUUGCUGCGCAUUGUCGUGAUGUCGGUCCUUCGCCAUCUCCGCUUCCUAUUCGGGCCGCCCUCUACGGAUCCUAGUUUGCUAGCGGCUAAUGCCACUUUGGCAAAUGCCGUUGCGUCGGCGUUGGGCACAAUGGAUUUGGCGAUGCUCACCGCCUGCCUUGCGGCGGUUGUCAUUGCCCAGGAAUUGCCGCCGCUUCGGAGGCCUGGGAGUGCCGGCGGCGAUGCCGCCACGGUCAUUCUGAAAGCCUUGUUAGAUCGCGCUGGCAGUUUCAGACCGGAUCGCGUCCCCGUUCAGAUGAUGGCGAUGUGGCAUGCUUCGUUCGACGUGUUCUUCAGCAUGUUGUUAAAGUACUGUUCGGGUAGAAUGGCCCCGAUCAGUGCAUCACUGGCAGGUGCAGGGGGUGACCAGACUGACGUCAAUGCUGCUUUAAUGGCGGCGGUGAACGAGGAGUUGCCGUUGGAUCUGCUCCAGGCAAGCAGCACGUAUGUCAAUGAUCAACAGCGGUCGAUGUUGGUUGAGGUCAUGCAGGGCUGGACGAACGCCGUCGGGGCCGCUAGCGGCGCCGGCGGCACAGUUCCGUCUGGAGGAGUAGGGGUGGGAGGAGGGGGAAUUGGAGGUAGCGAAGGUGGAGCUGGGCCAGGAGAGGGAGGGAAUACUGGAGCUGGAGGAGGAGGCGUAGCGAUGGGGAGGAAGACCAUUCCGCAACUGGAAACGGAGUUCGGCCCCGGCUUCCGCAGUUAGGUAUCUCGAAUUACAUAGCUAGAUAGGUAUAGGUGGCUUGAUGACAAAUGCCAGAUGUCGUGGUAUUUGCAGUUAGGAGAGGACGGCGGGGGAUGAAACCUGCGGUUCCGAUUCCGAUUCCGCUCAGUUUCGUCCCGUCCGGCCUCUGUCUGUUUAGGCUGCGCGGUCCGGGGGAAUCCAUUCCCAUUCCCCCUUUCGCCACGCGCGUGCGGCGGCUCUAUUCACGGUGUCCGAACGCG